AUGCCGUUGCCCUCGCUUCCCAUACCUGCCGCCCUCGCUUCCCCCGCCCGUCGCGUACCGCCUCUUCCCCGCCUACCACCCUCGCCUCGCGGGUCGCCAUCGCCGCCUCCCCCUCCCGUCGACCUCGCUUUCCCCCUCCCGUCGACCUCGCUUUCCCCCUCCCGUCGACCUCGCUUUCCCCCUCCCGUCGGCCUCGCUUUCCCCCUCCCGUCGCCCUCGUUUUCCCUCCCCAUCGCUCGCCGAGUCGACCUCUCCUCUCCCACCUGUCGCUGCGUCAACAUUGUUCUCAUUCCCGCCGCUGACGUCUUCGUCGAGCGUCCCCUCUUCUUCGCCCUCGCUUCCUUCCUCCGUCGCCCAUGCCCAUUCCCCUCCCUCGCGCCGACGCCCUGUUCGUGGUGUUCCCCCCUGUUCACUCCCUUUCCCCAUGCCCACCCUCAUCCCCUUGCUCACUCCGCGCUCGCCUGCGGGCCUCAUCACGACGUCCGCCCGCCCUCUCACACUCGCCACGCCUCCCCGCGCACCCUUCCCUCAUAA